AUGUCUGCACAGACUUACAAGAAAUUUGAAAAUGCAGGCUCUACUGACUUGCCUGAUAAAAUGACAAUCUAUCAAGAUUGUAUGAAUAAGUUCAAUGAAUCACCAAUUAGUCCUAAGAGAUGUCGGAUUUUAAUCUCUAGACUACUAAGGUUGUUACUCAACGGUGAAACCUUCCCUGAAACUGAAGCUACCGCUCUUUUCUUUUCCAUAUCCAAGCUGUUCCAACAUCCUAACGAUUCUUUGAGACAAAUGGUUUAUUUAGCAAUUAAGGAAUUGAGUGGAAUGUCUGAAGAUGUCUUAAUGGCAACUUCUUCCAUCAUGAAGGAUAUUCAAAAUGGUUCUGAUUUGGUUAAACCAAAUGCUAUUAGAUCUCUGGCUUAUGUUUUAGAUGAAUCAACCGCAUUCUCUGCAGAAAGAUUAUUGAAAAGUGCCGUGGUAAGCAAACAACCAUCAGUAUCGUCUGCCGCAUUAAUCACAUCUUUAAAUCUCUUACCGAUUAGCGAAACUACAAUUAAGAGAUUCGCAAAUGAAGCUCAAGAAGCCAUUGGUGAUUUGAAACAAUUCCCACAUAGUUCCGGUGCCAACAGUGAAUAUUAUCCAAAUUCCACUUUUACCACUCAAUAUCAUGCUUUAGGUCUUGUUUACCAGUUGAAGAAAAAUGAUAAGAUGGCUCUAUUAAAAUUAGUCAAACAAUUAUCUGAUAAUGGCAAUUUAUUGAAAAAUCAAAUGGCUAAGGUUCAGUUGGUAAAAUUAGUUAAUGAUUUAGUCAAUAGAGAUAAUCAAUUGUUUCCACAAUUUCAACCAAUAUUAUUCAAUUGGUUAUCAAAUAAAUUUGAAUCCGUUCAAAUUGAAACGGCAAAAUUAAUUACCUCUUUUGCAAGUAGCCAUAAAAAUGCACGUUUAGUAUCACCAGAUCUCUUUGCUUCAACAAUUUCUACCUUACAAGGUUUAUUAACUGUGCCAAGAGUCACUAGUAGAUUUGCUGCAUUGAGAAUUCUAAAUAAAAUUUCAAUGACUUCUCCUGAAAAAAUCGUUAUAUGUAAUCCAGAAUUAGAGUCUUUAAUUAAUGAUUCAAAUAGAAACAUUUCCACUUACGCAAUCACCACUUUGUUGAAAACAGGAACCGCAAAGAACAUAUCUUCAUUAAUCUCCACAAUUACUAAAUUUAUUCAUGAUGUUUCAGAUGAUUUUAAGAUUAUCAUUGUUGACGCCGUACGCACACUAUCAUUAAACUUCCCACAGGAAUGGAAAUCAAUCGUUAAGUUCUUAAUUGAUGUAUUGAAAAAUAGUGAAGGUGGUCUCACAUUUAAAAACAGUAUCAUAGAAGCAAUCUUUGAUAUUGUUUCCUUUGUUCCACAAUCAAAAGAAGUCGUUUUAGAGAAUUUAUGUGAUUUUAUUGAAGAUUGUGAAUAUAAUGAAAUCCUAGUCAGGGUUUUACAUCUAUUAGGUAAAGAAGGUCCAUUCACAUCAAAACCAUCACUAUAUGUCAGACAUAUUUAUAACAGAGUUGUGUUAGAAAAUUCAAUCAUAAGAUCUGCUGCCGUUGUAGCCUUGUCUAAAUUUGCACUAACAAAAAAUGAUUCCACUUUGAAAAGCUCAAUCAUUAGUUUAUUGAAAAGAAUAUCCAAUGAUCAAGAUGACGAAGUGAGAGAUAGGGCAACUAUUGCAUUGAAAUUGAUUGAUUUCACGUCAGCAGAUGAUGAAAACAGUUUAAUUGCUCACGAUUUACUUCAAUCGAAGAAAUUUUAUGAUUUACCAUCAUUAGAAAAUAAAUUAUCUGCGUACCUUUCUUCAAACACUGAUUCAUUCAGUACGCCAUUUGAUUCAGCCUCCGUUCGUAAAUUUACUGAAGAUGAAGUUAAGGCUAUGGACUUGAAGAGGAAGCAAGAGCAGGUUUUCAAUAACACUUCCGAAGGUUCUAGAGAGACCCCGAUUGAUAUGAGUCUCGAAUCCACAACAUCUAUCAAAGAACAAAGACUUGAUACUGAAACAUAUCAUGGUGCAAGUUUGGAUCAACAUCAAGAAGAACUAGUUGCCACCAAGUAUGCUGAUGAACUAAUGAACGUCGAAGAAUUCAAGGAUUUCGGUAGUCUGAUCAACAGUUCAAAGAUCAUUUCAUUGACCGAACAAGAAGCUGAAUUUGUUGUCAGCGGUGUAAAACAUAUUUUCAAGAAACACGUUGUUUUCCAAUUUAAUAUUAAGAAUACUUUAACUGAUGUGGCACUUGACAAUGUUGCUGUUGUCUGUACUUCAGAAGAUGCUGAAUCAAGUAAACUAAAUGAAACUUUCACUUUACCAAUUGAUAGAUUGAUGCCAUCGAUUGAGUUACAAUGCUACGUUGCCUUCGAAAAGGAUUCAGAUGUUGUUAUGGAAGGUUUCUUAAACAAUUUGGUCUUCACAACGAGAGAAUUAAACCCAGAUACACAAGAACCAUAUGAAGAUGAUGAAGGUUUCCAAGAUGAAUAUGAAAUUGAUCCAAUUUACUUAAAUGCUGGUGACUACAUUGAGAGUUCUUUCAUUGGUGACUUCGAAAGUGCUUUCGAUGAAUUACCUAACGAAGAAAUUGCUGUUUAUAAUAUUCAAGAAGACAUAUCGUUGCAAGAAGUUAUUGAUAAGUUAGUUGUCAAUACAAGUUGUUUACCUCUAAGUAAUACACAAUUUGCACCAAACGAUUCCAAUAGUCAUACUUUGAAAUUAUUUGGUAAGAGUGCAUUAAAUGGUAUGAAGGUUGCUUUACUCAUCAAAAUGAUCAAAAGCUCCAAGGGUAUUGUAAUUAAAGCACAAGGAAGAGCUGAAGAUGAAGAAUUAUGCUCUGAUUUAGUUAACGGUUUAAUGUGA